AUGGCGACAGAGUUGUUGACCAACAUGUUCGACAACACUCCAACAACAGAGUUGAACAGUAAAGACCAUUGGAUACGAUUAGAGCAGCUUCAACGUCAUUCCGAAGACAAGGAUUCGCUCAUCCGGAAUUUGGAGACGAUUAUCGAUGAACUCGAAGGAGAAUUGGGGUUUUUGAGGAAAAAACACAACGGUAAGCUUGUUUUUGUUGUAGACUUACCAUAGUAAAAAAGGCUUUGUCGAAAUUUCACAUUUCUUCAAAGUUUAGUGGUUUGGAAGAAGAGUUGACGCAAAAAUAAAUGUUGCGUCAAGUCUUUCUCUAAAUAUUGUUAUUGGUAAAACAACUUGUUGACCGACUUCUCAGCUAAUAAAACAUUGUAAAAAUUCUUUUUUUACUAUUCAUAAUUUUACUUUUUACAGAAUCAGAAGAACUGCUAGAUGAAGAUGGAAACAAACGCGUUCUCAAAGGCAUCUCUUACCUAUCAGUGGAUUUUGGCCGGCUUUCGGCCGAAAACCUCGAACUUAGAUCUCAACUACGUCAAGCACACCUCGAGCUACGUAUGAUACGCGAAAAGAACAUGAAAACAAUGCAUUAUUCGACGUUACCAAUCAGUGUGGAUAGUGCGAUUCAAACGGACACGGAAAGUUGGAGUGGUGCUACAACUCCAUCGAUCCCAGCUGACCCUAUCAGUGAUGAAACACAGCUUUUGGCAUUGAGACAACAGUUACAGGUUUGUUUAGGUUUUCAGGUUGAUUUUCGUUAGUUUGAAAAAAGGUUGAAUUGAAAAUGGCAUGGUUUUUAAAAAAUAGCGAAAGAUGUGGGAUGGUUAAUACAAUUUGGUGUUUUUGCAUAAAAUUAGUAUUGAAAUUUUAAAAAUAUGACUUGCUUUAGUUGGUAAAGUUAUAUAUUGAUGUUGUAAAGUUCGUUUUAUUUCGUUUAAAAAAGGUUGCUUAUUGAAAAUGGCAUGGUUUUUAAAAAUCUGCGGAAGGGAUGGUUAAUAUAUUUUAACGUUUUGGCGACAUAUUGUAUUUUAAUUAAAGAAAUUGGUUUAUUUUUAGUUACUUAGUAUAUAAUAAAAGUUUAAAAACGUAUUUGAUGUUGUUUGAGAUAGAUUUUGACUUACAAACAACAAGGUUGUUCAAGACAUCUAAAAGCUCUUGUGGUGAACAUAAUCUGAUGUUUUUACUGAAAAUUCUUUUGUAAUUCUUCCAUUUUCAGUUGAUCAAUGAAGAAAACAGCAACUUGACAUUGUUUGCCAAGGAUUUAAAACGGGAAUUGAAUGAUACGUUUGAGAAUCUGCGAUGUUCAUUAGCCAUGGAGAUACCUAAACAUUUUUCCAAAAUUCAGAAGCGUUUUCAAGAAGAAGUGGAGUUGAGAAGGGCUCUACAUAAUGCUUUAAUUGAGCUACGAGGUAUGCACUUUGUUGUUAUGUUUUCAGGUACAAAGGUGUUUGGAGUUUUUGCACGGUGCAAAUUUAAAAAAUUUAAAAUUUGUAUCAAAAUUUGAUUUGAAAUUGAUUAUAAAAUGUAAUUUUUGAAAUUUUAGGUAACAUUCGAGUUUUCUGUCGAGUAAAGCCCGGCCCAUCCGGAGUUGUGACUCUGGAUCCGCUUGAUGUAGAUGUGAUAACGAUUAACAUUGACAAUACUAAUAAGAGGUUCUUGUUUGACAAAAUUUUUGGUCAAGAGGCUAGCCAAGCGGAUGUGUUUGAUGAAGUCAGUCCGUUGGUUCAGAGCUGUUUGGAUGGCAAAAAUGUGUCGAUAUUUGCGUAUGGGCAUACUGGGAGUGGCAAGACUUUCACUAUGGAGGUAGGAUGCUCUACUGUAUCUAUAAUCUAACCCUUUUUUUGUUCUUUUUAUGCCUUACUGUUGGCUUUAAUUCAGCUCUACUGCGAUCUAAAUCUAUCCUAUUACCCUACCCAAUAAUAUUUUAAAAUCAUUGCAAAAACUUUCUUUACAGGGCCCCGAAUCCGACCCAGGGAUAAGUCGUCGAGUCGGUCAAGAAAUCUUUGCCCUCUUGGAAGAAAAGUCCGAAUACAUUGAGUGUAAUGUGACAGCAUCGAUCAUUGAAAUCUACAACGAAAAGAUUCGUGAUCUCCUAGAAUCCGACUCCACAUCGUCACAGAAGGUGCAAGUCCGAACGGAUUCAGAAGGCCGAGCCGAAGUUCGUGGAGUUCAAAGAGUCGAGAUCAGCUCGGUUAAAGAUCUACAUGAAUUGAUCAAAAUCGGCCAUAAAAAUCGAUCAACGGCUACAACAGCCCUAAAUGAAGCCUCGAGUAGAAGCCACGCUCUUGUGAUGUUAACAUUGAAGAUGACUGAUAAAGACUCGGGCAAUGAAUGGACUGGAAGGCUGAAUUUGGUUGACUUGGCUGGCAGUGAACGUGUAGCUAGAAGUCAAGUGGUUGGAGCUCAAUUGAAUGAGGCCAAGUUCAUCAACAAGUCUCUGUCUGAACUGGGCAAUGUUGUUUUGGCGUUAAGGAAGAAUCUACCGCAUGUUCCAUUUAGAAAUUGCUUAUUGACGAGGAUUCUGGAGGAUUCUUUGGGUGAGUUAAGGUUUUGGGAAUUUGAAAAGGGCCAGGCUUGCCGAAAGAAUUUUAACUCAAGCUAUGUCUGCCCUAUCUCUGCUUUAGUCUUGCUCUUGGCUUUCCCUAGCCCUGCACUAGCCCUGCCUUAGACCUGCCCUAGCCCUGCCCUAGCCCUGCCCUAGCCCUGUCCUGGCCCUGCCCUAGCCCUGCCCUAGCCCUGCCUUAGCCCUGCCCUAGCCCUGCCCUAGCCCUGCCCUAGCCCUGCCCUAGCCCUGCCCUAGCCCUGCCCUAGCCCUGCCCUAGCCCUGCCCUAGCCCUGCCCUAGCCCUGCCCUAGCCCUGCCCUAGCCCUGCCCUAGCCCUGCCCUAGCCCUGCCCUAGCCCUGCACUAGCCUUGCCCUAGCUUUGCCCUAGCCCUGCUUUAGCCCUGCCCAGCCUAGGCACUAGCUUUAGCCCUACCCUGAGCUUGCUUAACUUCGAUUCUUUGGGUAAGUUAAGGGCUUGGGAAUUUGAAAAGGAUCAGGCUUGCCGAAAGAAUUAUAACUCAAACCACGCUUGUCCUAUCUCUGCCGCAGUCUUGCUCUGGCUUUGCCUUAGCCCUGCCCUAGCCUUGCCCUAGCCUUGCCCCAGCCUUGCCCUAGCCCUGCCCUAGCAUUAGCCUUGCCUUAGCCCUGCCAUAGCCUGCCCUAGUCCUGCCCUAUCCCUAGCCCUGCUCUAACUCUUCUUUAGCCCUGCCGAAGGCUUAACUUUGCCCUAGUUCUGCCAUGUCUCAAAAGUUGCACCCGGCUUUUAGUAUAUUUGAUAGGCAUCUUAUGGAUUUUUUGUCUAAAACUUAAAACGUAUCAAAAGUUAGUGUUGCUCCAGCCAAAAAUCAAAAGAUUAAAAGCCAUCAUAACUCAAAACCCACAGAUUAUAAUCCAAUAUUAUCUUACCUACAAACUUUCAGUCGGUGACAGUAAAACCCUUCUGAUUCUGCAAGUCACGACUGACGAAAGCAGCGCCAAGGAAACGCUGAGUUCUCUGAAUUUCGCCGAAAAGAUCUCCAACAUUACUCGUCGGCCCAAGUGCGCCGCCGUCCAACGCCGCUCUAACCUGGUCUAG